AUGACUUGCACGGGUUCCUUGGUCUUCAGGGGUGGAGACAGCGAGGGGAGGGGGCCCGGAAGCCCGGAAAGGUGUGCCCCUGCCCUCCACGGCGCGCGCAGGAAGGCCUCUCAGGCUCCCCCAGCAGCCAUCCUCAGCCGUCUGCUCCGGCACCGGCCGUCACCAGGGGGCGCGCUCCGACCUCCGGCACCGGCCGGCCUGGAGGCGCGGGACCCGGCGCUCGGAGCCAGGACUUGGGGCCCGCCUGUCGGGAGUUCGUGUGGUGAGGAAGAGAAGAGUAAACAAUGGGGUGAGGGCUUGUCCCUAAAUACUGGCAAGGUGGCUGCCAGUUAUGAAAAACCUCCUCCUGGGCUUAUCAAGGAAGAUGAGACUAAGCCAGAAGACUGUAUACCAGAUGUUCCAGGCAAUGAACAUGCCAGGGAGUUUCUGGCUCAUGCACCAACUAAAGGACUUUGGAUGCCACUGGGGAAAGAAGUCAAAGUUAUGCAGUGUUGGCGUUGUAAACGAUAUGGUCACCGAACAGGCGACAAAGAAUGCCCUUUUUUUAUCAAAGGCAACCAAAAGUUAGAACAGUUCAGAGUAGCACAUGAAGAUCCCAUGUAUGACAUCAUACGAGAGAAUAAAAGACAUGAAAAGGAUGUAAGGAUACAGCAGUUAAAACAGUUACUGGAGGAUUCCACCUCAGAUGAAGAUGGGAGCAGUUCUAGUUCCUCAGAAUGUAAAGAGAAACACAAGAAAAAGAAGAAGAAAGAAAAGCAUAAGAAAAAGAAGAAAGAAAAGAAAAAGAAGAAAAAACGAAAGCAUAAGUCUUCCAAGUCAAAUGAGAGUUCAGACUCGGAUUGACAAGAAAUUGACUUGUUCAACAUUCUCUUCUCAAAAAUCAAACCCUGUGGCCAAAGAUCAGAGGAAUGUGGAAUCGGAGAGAAACGAGAGAGAGACACCAAGAGAAGAGGAUAUUUGGUGUUACUCGUGUGAAUUCCCACCUACUUUCCAGUAAAGAUGUGACCCACAGGAGAGGGGGUUGUGUCUUCCCGGGUGCUAGCUCUGCACAGUGGCUGAUUUCAGGCAGGACAUCUUUUUUCAGUGUCCUCCUCCCUGCUGAUCACUGCAACUUGUGAUUCCUCAGAAAUGCCUCUGCCAGGGUGGCUGGACCAAGGAAUCUUGGAGGAAGCUCCUCCAGAUGCUGCCGCAGCUUCCACCCUCCACGGUGGGGCACUUAAUUCCCACAGGCUUCAGGCUUGACUCUCUCUGUUGUUGAGGACAAUAAAAGCUGAUUAUUUUU